CGAUUUGCAAACACAGUUCGUCAAAUUGAGGAAUCACUUCAAGAGCUAAAAGAAGACGAAACGAGGGAUCAAGAGCAGGUGGAAGAUGUGAAAGGAGACGAUGGAAACAGCGACGACGGCUGGGACACAGAUUUAGAAAUUUCAAGCAAAGAAGUAAGAAAAACUCGCAGAAGUGCAGACAUCACGGGGAAAUCGUCGUAUCUGCGCACUUGUCGUGCUCUAGGAGUCUCACCAGCGACAGCCGUGCUCGAAGCAAUCCACACUCCGGAAAUCAUGUUAGCCCACCACGGUCUAGGGCCACAAGGGGGACGGGCUCUUGCCAAGGCCCUCAUAAAGAGCACGACAGUGGAAAAGCUUGACUUGCAAGAAAACAGCCUCGGAGAGGAAGGAGUGGAAUGGUUCGCCAAGAUGUUGCUUGAAAAUUGUUAUAUCAAGUUCUUAAAUCUCGCGGGUAAUAUGAUGACUUCGGGCGGAGCGCGCGCGAUGAGCAAAGUGAUAUCGGAAAAUAGAUACCUUCAGUGGUUAGAUCUAUCGUUCAAUAACCUAGUGGACAAGGACGCAAAGCCGCUUUCCGAAGGCUUGGAAAAGACGAUGAGUCUAAAAUACCUCAGUAUGAGUCAAAACUCCUUUUGCGAAAGCGGUGGUGAGUUUCUGGGUCCUGCACUGGCGAAAAACAAUAGCAUAACUGAGCUUAAUCUGAGCUGGAACCAUCUCCGAUUGAAAGGCGCCAUCGCUAUCUGUAAAGGUAUGAAACACAACAGCGCUAUAGAGAUCCUGGAUCUUUCUUGGAAUGGAUUUGCGGACGAGGGGGCCGAAGCCAUGGGAGAAGCACUUAAAAAGAACGACACACUUCUGGAGCUUGAUCUAAGCUACAACCGAAUCACGGAAAAAGGAGCGUUGGCCUUGGCGAAAGGUCUCCAGAUAAAUCAAACGUUACGCGCGCUAAAAAUCGGCUCAAAUCCUUUGGGAAACAGCGGCUGUUUUGCACUGAUGAAAGCGAUCAAAACAAACUCCAACUCUGCUUUGGGGGAGCUGCACUUGGAUAAUAUCACCGUGAAGAAGAACUUUUUAGGUAUGGCCUUUUUUCUGUUCUUAUUGCGUUCAGGGGCAUGCAACGACUUUUAUUCUGCUAAAUUACUGUUUGAAGGAGCAAAUAUUGCCUAGAAAUGUCUAAAGCUCAAACAAGGCUACAGAUGUCUGGAUAACAGUUCUAUCAGAUUCUAAGAUAUUCGGAGGUUGUGUUUUUCACAUUUUAUUACCAAGAAACGGCGAUUAUUGUUAAAAAAAUUCCUCCUGAUAAUAUCAGUAUAGAGAAAAUAAAGUCUCCUAGAAUUUUCUAAUGAAAGUACGCUUACUCCAUUUCUUCGAACUUUCGACCGGACCCAUCAAGGUAGCAAACAAUUUUCCUUGGAGGGAUUAAGGGUUGGGAGGGUAAGGGGGUAUUUCAAUGACCAGGGGGGGAGGGACGAGUCUCACUUUCUCCCCUUCCGGUUACUCCUGCCACACAAGAUAGGUUUAAACGUGCGAGAGAAAUGCUUCAUGGCAAAUUUAUAGCGAAUAACCUUGCCUGUAAUUUCAAAACCCUGUUCACAGGUCUACUGGAGGACUACAUGAAAGAAAAACCCGAUUUUUAAAUUAACUACGGUGCCAAUCCACAAAUAAACCGUAACAGAAGAGGAACCAUGGCAAGUACGUUUGGCAACUUCAACAAAGAUUCCGGCAGAAGGGUGAAGCACGAGCUACUGACGGCCCUGAAGAAUUUCUUGCUGGAGAAAAGACUCAGGGCCGUCGAUCUGUUCAAUUGUUUGGACAAAGACAAAACGCAGAGCGUAAGUCCAGAUGAGAUGUUUGUCGGAUUGAAGAAGUUGAAUGUACCACUCAGUGAUCCGCAGCUUAAGAGGCUAAUUCGAAUUCUAGAUAGAGAUGGUGAUGGAGAAAUUGACUACGGAGAAUUUGCCGCGGUCAACGAGAUAUAA